CCAAGCAAAAUGGGCUGCAAAAGACAUUUGUGAUGCAAGCAUGACCUCAGAUGGGAAGCCCUAAGAACUUGUAGCCUAGAGGCUGACAGAGCAGCUGCUGGGCCCCAGCACCAUGCUGACAAUCCUGCAGAAUGUCAUCUCAGACUGCUGCCACCUGCUACUGUUUCUGCUAGUUGCCAUUAUAUUUGUGCCUGCUACUAUCUGGGCGUUCAAAAAGGUGAAACAAAUACAGGCUCGCAACAAAAAGCAGAGCAAGUACAGAGUACCACAAUGGAUAGCAUCCCUGGAAAAAAUAAGUGUCACAAGCAUAGAUCCAGGGAGGACAAAGGGUAUAAGCUCAGCCACAGAACAGAAGUCCUGCAACAAUUUGAGCCUCUAUCGGACUCUGUGUGUUUUGGACAAGAAAAUUGAGUACCUCACCUGGCAAAUGCAACGUAUCAGUAAACCAAUCUCACGCUCUGCAUCCAACACCACUUUGAAUUCCAUCACCUCUCUGUACAGCUGGGCCCAUUCAUCAACCAGAGAUGUCUGCCAUAGCCGGUCUAGAACACCUCCCUCCCUAGUCCCUAUUGCUUCACAAGAAAUUCCAGUGUGGCAGGGGCAUGUCACCAGACCCUACAAGACUGGUUUCCAGAAGUCACACCAAAGAUCAUCUUCUUAUCCCCCAAUGGACUUCCAGCGGCACCAGAAGCAAAAGCAGCGGAGAAGAAGUACUCCAACAUCUGAAUCUCUGACCAAACUGACGCCAAGGGUUCCUUCAACAGUCAGAAGCAGCCCUGUCCACAUUCAGAGAUUUGGAGGCAGGAUUUAUUUUCUGGACUACAAAGAGCAGGAGCUGCUUGACUGGCACAUCCACAAGAAACAUUGGCAGAAGGAAGCACCACCAUUACCCUGGCAAAAGGAAGCACCACCAUUACAUUGGGAGAAAGAAGCACCACCAUUAUAUUGGGAGAAAGAAGCACCACCAUUACGUUGGCAGAAGGAAGCAUCACCAUUACACUGGCAGAAGGAAGCACCACCAUUCUAUUGGCAGAAGGAAGCACCACCAUUAUAUUGGCAAAAGGAAGAACCACCAUUACAGUGGCAGAAAGAAGCACCGCCAUUAUAUUGGCAGAAAGAAGCACCACCAUUACAGUGGCAGAAGGAAGCACCACCAUUACAGUGGCAGAAGGAAGCAUCACCAUUUUCUCAGGUGCCCAGCAAAGAGACCAAUGUGCAGGCUGGCAUCACCCCACAAAAUGAGAUGGUACAAUGGGUAAAGCAGCAGGUCUCCAUGGGUCAAAGGUCACGUAGCCACACACCUCCUUCAACUAGCCCCAAACGUCGUCAAACUCCCCACAAGCCUCCACCUGUCAGGGUAAGAAGCCCCGGACCCCACAGUCAGACUCCUGUACCUUCUUCCAAAGAUUUGCUGCCUCCCCCAUUCAUUAUCUGUCAGACUACUAGCCACAGCAAUCUCAAGGCACCAACCAAUGUGCAGAUUGGCAUCACCCCACAAAAUGAGGUGGUGCAUUGGGUAGGUCAGGAGCGCUCCAUGGGUCAAAGGUCACGUAGCCGCACCCCUCCUUCAACUAGCCCCAAAGUUCGUCAAACUCCACCCAAACUUCCACCUGUCAGGGCAAGAAGCCCCGGACCCCGCACUCAGACUCCUGUACCUUCUUCCAAAGAUUUGCUGCCUCCCCCAUUCAUCAUCUGUCAGACUACUAGCCACAGCAGUCUCAAGGUACCAACAGAUGGAAAUCUGAAUAGUGUGACCCCCGAGGAGGAGUUAACAGAGGUACUUAACCUGUUAGCACAAAACCAGAGCCUUUUGACAAAGCAGCCUGGAAGACCCAAAACUCCCAAGAAAAAGGAGAAAGACGUUCAUAGCAAAAAAACAAGUACCUCCAAGGAAAGCGCAGGAAGAUCAGGCAGUCCCAAGGGCAAGCCAGCAGAGACUCAGAUCAGCCUGAUGCUUGACCGAAAGACACACCGAUUGAGCUGGGCUGAUGACAUGACAGAAGCCCCCCAAGAGAAUGGAGACCUUCCUAGCUUUGCUCGGACAUCAUUCUUAGACCCUACUUUCAUGUGCCAGAACCAACUGGAAUUGCCUUGCGUUCACAAAGCACAAAUAGAACUGCAUCAGGAAAGUUUCAAACUUGCAAAGAGCCUUCCCAAGUCUCAGUGUCUGGCCCAUGCCAUUGUGGAAUCAUUAGAUACAGAGCAAGCUACACGGGAUCUACAUAUGUGCCUGGCUAAAGGUCUGGAGAAUGGGGGUAGCCAGCCAAGUGUAGAAUAUCCUGUUUGCUUGUUAUGUGGCCGCUGCGCUCCUUAUUGCCCGCAUCCCCAUCCACAGCACGGCCCUUGCCUCCUUGUCUAUCCACGGCUAACUGUACAGGAGGGGGAGGUUUACAUGAACUUGGGCUUCCUCCUUAAGAUCAAGAGGCAUGAGGCCAGCAAAUGGGGCCUGGUGCAAGGAAAGGAUGCAUCAAAGUUGCAACACAGUAAAGAACAUCCCUCCAAGCAAGAGAGGAGUCAAAGCAGGAGCCGGAGCCGGAGCAGAAGCAGGAAUGCCCAUGAAGCAGCACCUCCAUCAUGGGCCCCAGAGAGGCCAUCUCACCAAGCCAGGCAGAGAUCUACAGAGGCAAUUGACCUGAGAGCGAGACGGCACAGGGCUGGUUCCAGGCCAUCCAGAGCAACAACACCCAGAUCCUCUCCACGUUCACCUAAAAUGGAGUCCCAGCCACGAAUUCGAAAGUCAGCCCCAGAGGCAAACCAACCCAAAUCCCCACAGAAGCCUCCCAACAUCCUGAAAAGGUUCUUGUUAUGCAUCAGGAAAGUUUGGGCGAAGGUGCGGAGGAGGAAAGAACCCACUUCCACAAAGCGGAGCUCUAGGGCAUCCCUCCAGAAAUCAGCUUCUUCUCAAACUCUGGUGGUUCCUUCAGCUACUUCUGGUUUUCAAGCCAACGGCAUUUUGAACCAUAAGCAAGACUCUCUUCCUAAAGAUGCACACUCAAAACAAGGACACUCCCAUGGUCAUAGAAAAGUAACCAUGAAAGUCUCAGAACAUGAAACAUUUCACCCCCACAAGAAGGUUGAUAGCUACUAUGCAAAAUCAGCUUCUUCUGGGGCACCAAAAAAACAUUCCAGACAUUCUGUCCCAAAACAAUUACAAAGGAGCUCCCCCAGAGAUAACAUGUAUUAUUGAGGUCUCAAUAAAGAUGUGGCUUGCUGCCAAUCUCUGGGGUCCCUCUCCAACAAGGAUCUUCUUGUCACUCAUCUCAACACUUAAUGCUUAACACGGCAGGUCUGUGUUGUUUUUUUCCAGGCUGCAAAUAAACUGGCUGGGCUUUUAUAUAUUUCUCUAUUUUGAGAUACCACUUUUGCUCAAUUCAUGUGGCUUUCUCUGAGAAAUUGUAGGGAAACGUAAAAAUGCAUCUAGCUAAUUGUUCAUCACCACAGAUAGCACUAUUCCAGAAAAAAACAUCUGCUAGUUUUAUGGAUUGUAAUUGUUGGUUUGGGAAUCAUGUGCUUGCCACAGCCAAGCAGAGAGGAAAUCGGGGUCUAGGGAGCACAGAAUGGAAGCAUGUGGGACAAGAACAUUGGUGGGGCAGAUGGCAACAUGAUCAAUGUUGCAGCCUUGGAUCAAAUUAAAAACUGGAUGGACCAGUAAAUCGCAUUAUUGGAGGAAACUACUUUGGCUAAUUACUCAUGCUUAGUUUGCUUGGGAUACUGUAUAUGCAGAAAAAUUAAAAAAGGGAGAUAAAGAAUAAAUCCACAAAAAGACAAGAGAGUGCAACUCAAUUUUGAGUGCAUUUUAUACUGGAAUCAGAAGAAAAAAUGGCAGUUAUUUGUAAGUGUCCUUAGAAGUAAUUGUAUCCCAGUAGUUCUCUCUCUAUGCCAUCAUCUUUCUCUUAUGUCUUUUACUAGCAUUAAAUAUUAUGAUUCCCCCA